AUGACAGAAUUGUUGAACGUCAGUGGGCUCCUACUGAUGCUGUGUGGAGUUAACCUGUGCGACACGCUGGGGUACAAACCGGUCAUCAUUGUUCACGGUCUUUUUGAUGGACCUAAACAAUUUGUUCAGAUGGCUCGUAUUAUAGAAAAGGCGCAUCCUGGCACCAAUGUGUCAGUGAUAGAUCUGUACGACAACAUGGCCAGCCUGACGCCACUAUGGAAACAGGUGUUGGGGUUCAAGAAGGCCCUGUAUCCAAUCAUUCAAGAGGCAAAGAAUGGUGUCCAUCUUAUCUGCUUCUCACAAGGUGGUCUUAUAUGUCGAGGACUCCUCUCCACACUCCCUGACCAUAAUGUUCAGUCCUUCAUCUCUCUCUCAUCACCACAGGCUGGCCAGUAUGGAGAUACAGCCAUUCUGAAUUGGCUUUUUCCACACUACCUAAAGGCAAAGGUUUUUCACAUCUGUUACUCUUCUAUAGGACAGGAAUUGUCCAUCUGCAAUUUCUGGAAUGACCCACACCAAAAAGAACGUUUUUUGAAGACCAGUAAAUAUCUGGCCUUGCUAAAUGGAGAGAAACCUCACAGUAAAAUGACAGUGUGGCGGGAGAACUUCCUCCGUAUAAGCAAGCUGGUUUUGAUCGGAGGACCCGAUGAUGGAGUGAUCACACCAUGGGAGUCCAGCCAGUUUGGAUUUUAUGACAACAAUGAAACCAUUGUUGAAAUGAAGAACCAGAAUUGGUACGUUACGGACUCGUUUGGGCUGAAGACACUGCAUGCUCGUGGAGACCUGGCUGUGUGUGUGCUCUCAGGAGUGAAACAUGCCAAUUGGCAUAAUAAUGAGACGGUUUUCAGAAGCUGCAUCGAGGAGUGGUUGACAUAAACAUGAACACACAUUUGUUUUUCUAUCCUUGUUGGGAAAGGAAAAAAAAUCAAUAUUCCCUAACACCUAGCCUAAUCCAGACCCUACCUAACCCUAACCUCUAAA